AACUAUGAAAGACGCCAUAAAAAAUAUCUUCAAUUAAAAAUGCGACAUAAAAUUGUCUCAGUGAUAAUUGCUGCUACUAUGUUGGUAGUUAUUCUUCGGAAACUUGCUAAUAUUGCAUUGAGGGUUCAAGGAAGUGCGACUGAUGAGGCGUGGACAUCGAACCAUGGACAUUUGGAUGCCAGGCGGGGCCCUCCUUUUGUCCUCAUCAUCUGCAACGAUGGAAAAAACGAUCGAGUAGGAGUGACAUCCAUGACCAAGUUUGAGGCACAAUUGCGGCAAACCAAAGUGCUUAUCAAGUCAGCCUUGACGCUCAGUCACUACCCGAUCAGAUUCAUCAUUUUAGGCGAUGACGACACCAUUCUUCCAACCAUUGAGGCCCACGUGUCCAAGUGGCCAGAUCGUAUACGUGAUCGUCUCACUCUAAAUUACCGUCCAGUCUUCAUACCCGAUGACUGGAACUUGGUCAACCUCUACGAGAAGUGUUCAACAGCGAGGUUGUUCCUGCCGUGGGCGCUGCCUGACUUGGACUCAAUAGUUUACAUUGACACAGAUCACGUAUUUAUGAGACCUCCGGAGCAUCUGACUCAGCAUUUCGAAAACUUUGAUGACCGACAAGUUUUUGGAAUGGCGCCUUCUCACGGCUACUAUCAUUCAUCCAACGUCGAGGUAAUUCAUGCAAGUCAAUAAUGAACAAAAU